AAAAGGCUCCACAUCCUGCACGCGCUGCUGCUGUGUGUCUGUUUGAACCGGAGGACGACCGACAGCGAAAAAACUACCGUCCGUCCGUUUCGUCCGUGAAUGAAUGAGCACCGGGACGCCCGCAUGUCACUCCUCCAUCACCCGAGUGUGACUCCCGCGGUGUGUCGGAGCCUCGGGGACGCUGCCGUUCACCGCAACCGACGUCGAGCCUGAUUUUCUGCCUCCUAACAGCAUCACCGGUCCACUGCACUUCUGAGAAGCCUUGCUGCGCUCCUCAGGCGUUUCUUCCUCCUUUGCUGGUCGGUCCCUCGACUCCAACUCCCAGAUAACCUGUGGGCAUCACUCGGCACGCUUGGAGGCUCGGCGGCCGACGGACUGAAUCGAGUGCUUUACGCACCGCCUAUCAUUAGAGGCUCUGUAGGAAAAGAUCAGCGUUUUCCAUCCACUGAAGAAGCCAUGAUCAUCUGGUCCUCUCAUGGCCGUGGUACCGUCAGCCUCCUCCACUCCCAGUCGGUGCUCGUUCUGACCCUGGUCCUGCUGCUCUGCCCGGUGGGCCGAGUGUCGGGUCAGAGUCAGACUCAGUCGCCUGCCCAGGUGCUCCAGGACCUGCUGUCCCGCUAUGGAGACAACAGCACCAUCUCAGUGCCUCAGCUGCGUUCUCUGCUAGCGGUCCUGAGCCAGGGCGAAAGUCAGGAUAAGGAUGGCGGCAGCAGUACGCCGGAGACGACUACAAGCACACCUCCCAAAUCCAACAGCUCCAAGUGCUUGCCCGCGGACACGCUGGCUAUUUACAGCAUCAGCGAGCAGUCGCAGCUGGACGGUCAGGGUUUACAGGAGCUGUGCCCCACCAUGCUGCAGCAGCUGGACGCCGGCAGCUGCAGGGCGCAAAAAGAGGAGGAGCCGAGCAGCGACGCCUCCCCCAGGCCCUCAGACGCCGAAGUCUGGGGCUUUUCUUUCUUGAGCGUGACGGUGAUCAAUAUGUUCUCCCUCACUGGAGUCUUCAUCAUGCCACUGAUGAAGACGCGCUACAUGAAGCACGCGCUCACCUUCUUCGUCGCUCUUGCCAUUGGCACGUUGUUCUCCACAGCCAUCCUGCAGCUGCUGCCAGAGGCCUUUGGUUUUGACCCUAUGGUGGAUUUCUACGUAUCCAAGUCUGCAGUGGUGUUUGGAGGAUUUUACCUCUUUUUCUUCACUGAAAAAGUCCUCAAGGUGCUUCUCAAGCAAAAACAAGGGAGUCACGGUCACAGUCACUACCCCGGUGCGGAUCGAUACUCGACGCCCAGCAGCGACGUGGAGGAAGGCGAGAAGGAGAAGCUGCAGCAGAACGGAGAAGCCAGCAGUCUGGCUCUGGGGAAGGUGGAUGCAGGGGAAGGAGAGCUGAUGCUUAGCCCUGCUCAGACACCACAGGAUUCCCAGAGUCCCGACAGUGGCGGUCGUUCAGGCAGCAGCGGCGGCGGCUGCUACUGGCUGAAGGGUACGACCUACUCUGACAUCGGCACGCUGGCCUGGAUGAUCACCCUGAGCGACGGCCUCCACAACUUCAUAGACGGUCUGGCGAUCGGGGCCUCCUUCACCGCCUCCGUCUUCCAGGGCAUCAGCACCUCCGUGGCCAUCCUGUGUGAGGAGUUCCCCCACGAGCUGGGAGACUUCGUGAUCCUGCUGAACGCCGGGAUGAGCAUCCAGCAGGCUCUGUUCUUCAACUUCCUGUCGGCCUGCUGCUGCUACCUGGGGAUGGGCUUCGGCAUCCUGGCCGGCAACAGCUUCUCCCCCAACUGGAUCUUUGCCCUGGCAGGAGGAAUGUUCCUCUACAUCGCUCUGGCAGACAUGUUUCCGGAGAUGAACGAGGUGAGUCGUGAGGAGGAGGACGCCGGCGGCAGCAGCUUCCUGCUCACCUUCGCCAUCCAGAACGCUGGCCUGCUGACAGGUUUCUCCAUCAUGCUGCUGCUCACCACGUAUUCCGGUCAGAUCCAGCUCGGCUAGCGGCGGAUCUUCAGAAACCCGGGACGGUUCGGACCCAAACGGAGGCUGAAACUCUGGGCUUUCAGGACUCUGGAGUUUUGUUUGGGGUUUGUUGUUGUAGCUGUGCGGCCGGUACGCACACAUCUGGAAACACCUGCUGCUCCGACAUGCAGCAGAUCUGAGUGAGGGUCUUCAUCCUCCACCUCCCCCUCAAACAACCGAAGCACAGACGCUGACAUGACGUGCAAUACUCCUCCAGUCACAUAAACUCCCCUCUGAUCCUGUUUCCUCGUCCCUUCAUUAAGCCUGUUGAGAUUCAGAGUAUUUAAAUCGCUGAUCUUCUGUGAAAAGCACAAUCAGGUAACAGCAGCUUUCCCUCUUUUUGUUUCCAUUCCUUUACCAAAAACUUCAAACUGGAAUUAUUACCUUCAACAAACCGACUCUCGUUUGUUGAUUUUCUAUUUUUUUACCUUGGAAGACCAAAUACCGGGCGGACCGCUGAAGGGCUACACGGUUUCCUAGAGGCUCGGACAUGUAGAGUGAUGAUUUAUCCAGUUUAUCAACAACUCCCAGUUUACCAUCUGUGCCCUUCAUUAUUACAGCGUUCCAAUAGUUCUAGCUUUUUUUAUUCCUCGUAACUCAGAGUGCAGAUUCGUGGUCUUUGCACAUCCUUUCGACCAUUUCCCCCCCAGAACGGUUUAUUCUUUUACAGCCUCGUCGUGCUUUUAAGCAGAAUACUGUAUGCUGAGUCAUGAUAAGCAACGCACACUCACGUUUAUCAUCUAUAAGACGAGCAGAGGUUAUUUACUGCGUCUUGUUACUUUGGUUGUUGUAGCAAACUUUCAGCUCUCUCUGAGGUACGUGAACAAAACUAUGUGGACAUACUCAAGGGUUUUUGGGCUUUUAUUUUGGGGAAAAAGUCAAAUUUGUGUCUGUUUUCUGUUCAAAUUAACAAAUUAAGCGUCUGUUUUUGAUGAAAAAUAGAUCAAAUAACAACACUUGAAGACUUCUCUGAUUAUCUAGAUGGAAAUAAUGCAAAAAUAUCUUCAUCGAUGUCACAACAGUAGACAAACAUGGUCUGCUUAAACUAAUAAUGCACAAAAAAUGACAUGUUUUCAUGUUUUUAUUGUACACAACAUGUAAGUGUUCACAGUGCAUAAAGAUCAGAACGCAUUUUAUGACCAAUUUAUGCAGAAAUCCAAGUAAUCCCAAAGGGUUCACAUGUUUUUUCUUGCAACAGUUUCUCAAGUUUUAUGAAUCUUUACUCACAGAGCACUUUUCUUUUUCAAAAAAAUGCAAUUUUUUUAGCAUGAGAUGACAAAAAGCAGGAACUCAGCUCGAAAAGAAUCAUUCUAGAUCAAGUGGGCUGAUUUUGUAGCGCAUCGAAAAUUCAAAAAAUAAUUUUUAUUUGUUUGUUUUUUUUUAUUUAGCAUUUAUUUUACCAGGUAAGUUAGUUGAGAACUGGUUCUCAUUUUCGCUAAUUUCGUAAAAGCUGAAAAAAGUGACAUCCAAAAUAAUUUUUUUUGCACUUAUUAUUCUUUUUUUUUUUUUUACAAACCAAACAAACCGACAGAGGAGCUGCUGGAGAUGAAAUAUUUCAACCAAAUUGAGUUUCUCUUUGGUUCCUCAUCCAGGUUGUUGUGCUCAUGUGAAACCCGAAACUUUAUUAACCCUUAGAUGCUCCAGUGAUUGGACCCUACACUCAUCCAUAAGUGGGUCAAAAAUGACCUGUAUAAGAAGAUUUAUUAUCUGAGAAGAUUUUAGAUGGAAUCAUUAUUUUUUCUUUUAGUUCUUGAUUCUAAAAUUUGAAAAUAGAAGCGUCAGUGAUGUUCCAGCAGUAAAUAUAGACAGAGUUUGGGAUUCCACUUACUUUUGUCCACGUAGAGCAUUUUAAACCUCUGAGAAAAACGGUUUAUGGUGUGAAAUGUUUGCUUACUGGAGCCUUCAGGGGACCAGUCUGUCAGUGUUUUUGUAUCGUGGCUGCUGUCACUUUAACCCUCGUGUCGUCCUGCGGGUCAAAAUUGGUUUAAAAUUUGAAAAUGUGGGAGAAAAACAUAUUUUCAUAGUGAAACUUCUGAUGUCCACAUUUUCAACAUUUUUGGGAAAUCUUUGAACAUUUUUUGGUGGAAAAAAAGAAAUGUUAAAAAUGUUUCUCAAGAACAUUCACAUAAAAAUCAACCAAAAUCCAGCAAAUUUCAGUGGAUUUUGGUUGAUUUUUAUGUGAAUGUUCUUAAAGAAAAUAUUACAAGUUUUACUGAUAUAUAUGGAAUCACUUUAGAUAUUUUUAGGAUUUUUUGGGGAAGAUUUUUACUCAUUUUUUGAAAAUAUUUACAAGAAUUUUCUUGCCAAAUUUGGGGGAUUUUUUUAAAACAAAACUUUGAAGGGAAACUUCUAAGGAAUAACUGGAAUUUUCUUCCUGAAGGUUUUGCAAAUUUGGGGAUUUUUUUACUGAAUUUUUGGAUUUUUUUCAGACAAGGAAACAAUAUUUUUGUUGCCCGUAAAUGAGGACAACAGGAGGGUUAACAAACUCUAAUUUUAGCGCUGUUAAGGAUGAAAACGAGCAUUUACAACUAAAGAAAAUCACAUUUAUUGAUAUCUUACACAUAGAUUUCUCAGAUUUCAACAGAGAUUUAAGCUGAAACUGUUCCUUUAGAUUCAAAGUAUCAGAGAUUAGAGCUGUAGAAUUGUAUUUAUUAGAGGUAGAAACUGGAACCCUUUAUAGGUUUAAACUAAUUAUUCCCUGAAGGAGAAGGCAAGCCAUUAAAGCGGUGGAGUGUUACUGCUGCUGGAUUUGUAUCACGUGGGAUUAUUUAUUGUUGUUUAAGCCAUAAAAUAUUUAUUUUCUGAUUUCAGUUCAGCUUUACGCCACAAAUCUUGAAAACACAGACAAAAUCCAGCUUUUUUGUAUGUUUGUGUUUUUCUCUUAGUGUUUUAUUUGGAGUGAACGGGGACAGCUGACAGAUUAAAGCGUCGUUAAAUCGCACAUUUUAGGGUUAUAUUUAAAAACUGAAGCCACACUGACAACAGUUAAUGAUCCUUUAAACCUCAAAUAGUGAAGUCAGGAGCACACAGAGAAUAAAACUGAUUUAUUGGUGCGUUUAAUUCCCGUUUCAGCUUCACAAACUGACCGAUGAUCGACUCUACGGAGCUUUUAAUUCAUCGUUUCAGCGCUCGGACUCGUAUCGCAUCACUUUGAAGAGUAUCGUACCCAAAUGUAAUUAAUGGGAAUCCUCAUUAGCCUUCUGUGUGUCAUGGAAAAGUUUUUAUAAACAUCCUUUUCUAAGAAAA